AUGAAGACUGGUUUCAUCGCUUUUGCCAUUGCCGCCGUGGCUCCUCUUUCCAUGGCUCUUCCGUUCCCUCAGGCCGCCCCUGGAGGUUUCUUCCCUCCUCCUCCUUCUAUCAAUGGCACUCAGCCUGGAAACCACGGCCACUACGGUGGUGGCCAGAAUGGAGGACCUGGUAGUUGGUUGCCCGUGCCUGGCAACGGCCAGCAGCCCGUCCCUACUCCCGGACCUACCCCUACACCUCCUCCCAUGGUUCCUGUACCUCCUCCUUCUGCUUCCACUCCUCCUGCUGUCCCCCAGCCCCCUCCCGCUGCUCCUACUGAGCCCAUCGUGGCCCCAACUCCUACUCCCUUUGCCCGCAAGUAA